AUGUCUGGAAGGCUGUGGUCCAAGGCCAUUUUUGCUGGCUAUAAGCAGGGUCUCCAGGACCAGAGGGAAUACACAGCUCUUAAAAUCGAAGGUGUUUAUGCUCAAGAUGAAACGGAAUUCUGUCUAGGCAAGAGAUGUGCUUAUGUGUACAAAGCAAAGAACAACACAGUGACUCCUGGUGGCAAACCAAACAAAACCAGAGUAAUCUGGAGAAAAGUAACUCGUGCUCAUGGAAACAGUGGCAUGGUUCGUGCCAAAUUCCAAAGCAACCUUCCUGCUAAAGCCAUUGGCCACAGAAUCUGUGUGAUGCUGUACUUCUCAAGGAUUUAA